GCCCGCGAAGUCCCCCCGAAUCUCAAGGAGUUCUACAACAAGGUCCAGAGCGCAGGCGACUGUAAGGGCGAGAACCUCCUCGCAGGAGGCUUCUACGACGACGACAAGAAAGACCCAAGCUUCGGCUACUGCAACAAGUUCAUGGAGAACAAGGGCUUCUACCUCAAGGGGCCCGGCAACAAACUCGCAAACAUGGACAUCGACUGUGACGGACAAGAGAAGGACGUAAACGACCGGUGUGGUGGCGAUGAUGACACUCAGUACGAAACCCGGUACAAGGACGAGGUCAAGGAGAUGGGCAUUCCCGACCUGGACACCUACAUUCACCCCUACGUGGUACUCGGCAAUGAGCGAAAGGACGGCAAGGCGACUUUCCUACCCGAGAAGGAAGGGAUUGAGCCCUUGAGCGUGGUUGCCGUCGUCUGCAACGACCGUCUGGUGUAUGGCGUUUGGGGCGACACGAACGGUGACGACGGCGACCCGCUCGUUGGCGAGGCAAGUCUUGCUAUGGCCGACAUGUGCUUUGGGGAGAAGUACAGCGCCGACUCUGGAUACAGUGAGCAGGAUGUGCUUUAUAUCGCGUUCUCCGGAGAGGAGGCCGUGCCCGGUAAAAAUGCCGCGUGGGAUGCUAAGAGCUACGAUGAAUUCGAGCAGAGUCUCCAGGAUCUGGGUGAUACGCUUUUGUCGAAGCUG